AACUCUGACACGCUUUCGACCUCCUCCUGAAUCCUUCUUCCUACCACAUUACGCUUGUGCAACCUACGUUGCGCUUUCAUGAUAUCACGGAGGGAACUACAGGCUACCUCGAAAGAUGCCAAACCCGGAGUCGUUCAGACCCACUCCAAGUACCCCUUCCGUCUCAACUUCUAUGACAGACCACCUGUCGAGGAGAUCACCAUCGAGCAAUUCGAGACCGCCGCGCUCGACAGGCUACGCGUCCUUGCGGAGAUCGAGUCGUGCUUCGCGCGGAACAGGACGUUCGAAGAGAUGGGGAAGGUCAUAGUGGGCAUAUGGGACAAGUAUCUUCCUCUGCACAGUAGCACGGCACAUCUGGAGAGGCUCGAGGAGGAGCGGAGAAAAGACCACAUCGGACACUUCGUCCUUCGACUUGCAUUCUGUCGAUCGGAGGACCUUCGGAGGCGCUUCGUAAAAGCGGAGACGACGUUGUUCAAGCUGAGGUAUCAGUCGGACGACCACAAUGAGAGGGAGAAAUUCCUGAAGUCGAGGGACUUCGAUUGGGUAGUGGCAUCGCCCGAGGAAAUUCAAGACCUCAUAACCCCAACAAGCUAUGACCCUGCGAGCAAGUCAAGCACGUACUACAAGGUCAAGUGGACGCGAGUACCGGAUUUGGUGGAGAAGAGGAAGGUCGUUUUGAAGGGCGGCAUGGCUUACGUCCCUGCCGCGGAGCAAGCGAGUAUCGUCUAUCAAGAGUUCCAAAGACACCUUGAGAAGGACCUAGAGGCGACAGCAAAGGCCCUUCCUAGACUGGACGAAGACACCCGCCUGAUACCCAUCCUUGAUAAUCUGUCCAAGGGCUUCCAGGCUGGAAUCUCAUCAGAAUGGGCAGGCAAGACCGAGGGCCAGGAAGGAUUGACGGCAGACAUGAUCGACGAAAUGGCAUACAAGCACUACCCGGCAUGUAUGCGCAACCUGCACAUGGCCCUGAGGCGAGACAAGCACUUGAAGCAUUUCGGACGCUUACAGUACGGCUUGUUCUUGAAGGUUCUAGGCUUGUCGAUAGACGAGGCCCUCGCGUUUUGGCGGAAGGCGUUCAGCACGAUGCAGGACGACAAAUUCAACAAGGAGUACCGGUACAACAUCCGGCACUCGUACGGUCUAGAGGGCAAACGUGCAAAUUACGCCGCGAUGAGCUGCCAGCAGAUCCUCAUGUCUCACGAGCCCGGCUCAGGCGACUCGCACGGAUGCCCGUACCGGCACUUCUCCGCAGACAACCUGCAGUCCGCGCUGCUGACGAUGUACAGCGACCACGGGCUGACGUCGCAGGACAUGCCCGAGAUCAUGCACAUGGUCAAGCAGAAGCACUACCACGUCGCGUGCACGCGCGUCUUCGAGAUCACGCAUGCGCACCAGGGCGUGAAGAAGGGCGAGGGCGUCGGUGGGGGCGAGAGCGUCACGCACCCGAACCAGUACGCGGCGCGGAGCCGCGAGCUGGAGAAGAAGGAGAACGGGGAUGGGGACGUGGUCAUGCAGGGUUAGUCAAGCCACUAUAGGUGUGAUGGCCGCUUUCACAUGGCCCGCGCCCGUGGCAGGUGUUCUUGAGGUCGUCGAUACGCGGUCGUUGUUGUUGUUCCGUGCUGUGCCCUUCUCUGUCGUUGUAUUACGCUACAUAUGUGUGCUGUAUCGUUAUCC